AUGUACAAAGACGCGGAAACGAAAGCAAGAAGCCCACAGUGUGGUCGAGAAAAUUUUAUAGGCUUCUGUAUGGAUUUGGCUGAUGCAAUUUCUAAGGAGAUUAAAAAAGAGUUUGAAAUAUGUCUGGUGCCUGACAAAACUUAUGGCGACGAAUUAGAAAACGGUACUUGGGACGGGAUGAUGGGGCAGGUGAUGCGUGAGGAGGUAGAUUUGGCGAUUGCACCGCUGACCAUCAACUCACAACGCGAGCGUGUCGUCGAUUUCACAAAGCCAUUUAUGAGUCUUGGAAUCAGCAUCAUGAUCAAGAAAACAGCGUUGAAGAAGGCCAGCGUAUUCUCGUUCAUGGAUCCGUUAUCUUACGAGAUCUGGAUGUGUAUCCUGUUCGCCUACAUUGGCGUCAGCGUGGUCUUGUUUCUCGUCAGUCGCUUUAGCCCCACAGAAUGGCGAGUGGGCGAGGGCACCAAUAUCGCAAAUGAUUUCACAAUAGCCAACAGCCUCUGGUACUCUCUUGGCGCUUUCAUGCAGCAAGGUUGUGACAUAUCACCAAGGUCCAUCUCGGGGCGUAUAGUGGGAAGCGUUUGGUGGUUCUUCACGUUGAUCAUAAUCUCCUCGUACACCGCCAACCUGGCCGCCUUUCUCACCGUGGAGCGAAUGCUGACGCCCAUUGAGUCCGCCGAGGAUCUGGCCAAACAGACCGAGAUACAGUACGGCUCCCGGGAGUCCGGAAGUACCAGGGACUUCUUUAAGAACUCCAAAUUCCCUGUUUAUGAACGAAUGUGGGCGUACAUGCAGUCGGCUUCGCCGAGCGUUUUCGUGAAGAGUAACGCAGACGGCAUAGAGCGAGUCAGGAAGGGAAACUACGCCUACUUUAUCGAGUCGAACACCAAUGAUUACACUAACAUGAGGAUGCCGUGCGAUACCAUGAAAGUGGGGCCGAACCUGGACUCAAAGGGAUACGGUAUAGCGACUCCAAUCGGUUCGGAUCUUAGAGAUUCUCUUACAUUGGCUGUGUUGAAACUACGAGAGUCUGGUGACCUCGAAGAGAUGCAGAAAGACUGGUGGGAAAAAACGUCGCAAUGCCCCCCAACUUCAGGCAAGCAGGACGGAGGUCAGGCGGAACUUACACUGGAGAACGUAGCAGGCAUAUUCUACAUCUUAGUGGGAGGGCUGUCGUUGUCGGUGAUCAUCGCGUGCAUAGAGUUCCUCUACAAAUCCAAACUCGACUCUAAGAAUUCAAAGAAAUCAUUUGGCGCCAUGUUGAGGUGUAAAGCCCGGUUAUCGUUUCGCGGGUCCCUGGACCGCGACAAUCCGGCUCCCACAACACCAUUGAGAAAAUCUAUGUCAACAUACACGUACACCGGUCCCUCGCAGGUCUCCUCGACGGAGGGCUUCACGGACAAUCUCCAUACAGCGGUUUGAGCAACGACAAUAGGCGCAACUCUGAUGGGCAUUUAACUGAUUUUAAAUAAAACGACUCCUUCUUUAAACAUCAGAUCUGUUGAUGUCAACAUUCUGCAAGUGUUGUCUGUCGUUUGUAACAUAUCAUGUUAAUAUGUUGAUACAGUGCGUGUUACUUAUUUCAAAACAGGGACACGUAUUAAUAUAUUUGUGGUAAUGUAGUUUAAAACCUAGCACUUCUAUUACAUUACUUUGUUGCGAGCAAAUAUUUUAUGUUUCGCCAACAUACUUGACAUCCGUUUGAUAAUCAUUAUUAAAGUUGAUGUCAUGUAAAUGAGAAAACAAACUGCGUAGUUAUAUAAUAAGUGUCAAAAACAUUAUUAUGACAUGAUUUGAAAAAUGCAAAUACAUCUUACUGGUAAAUGGAACUAGUUGAGGCAGUUUAUAACGGCCAUUUAUAUUUUAAAGGCGUUUGGUAGAGCACUAAUUGAGUGUACGAGAGAAAAGUAUAUCUGCCAGCGGUGCAGAGUACCUAUGACAGGCUUGUUUGCCAAGUUGUCAUAUGUAUAGAUGGUAAUGUAUAUGUGUAAACGACCUAUUAUGACCGAAAUAGCAUAGAUAUCUAUGAUGUAUUACUUAGGUGUAUUACAAUGCGUAACGUGAUAUGAUAAAUACGUUUUCAUGUUUUGUCAUUAAAUCGCAUAACGUUAUUAUAUACGACAAAACAAUAUAUAUUUACUUAUGUAUCAUGUUUAAAUCUGUGUUCUGUUUGCGAUGCAUCUUAUAAUAAUUUAGAACCUAGUUAAAUAACGUGUUUCGCAUUAAUCAACAUUUGUGUAUGCUGGUAGCACCACAGUUAACUUUUCUGAAAAAAAAUUUUCACUAUCAAAUAUAUAUGUUAUAUAUAUAUAUAUUUGAUAAUGACUUUUUUCAGAAAAGUUAAUUUUUCGUUAUAAUAUGAUUAUUUAUCAUUCAAAAUGAUGUUUUCACUAAUUAAUAUCAUAGCCACACCCUAACCACCCGUAGGUAGCACAUGGAAUUUACUAUGGAGCAACGUCACGCUAAAAUGGGUUUAAUGACAGUGUCAGAAGCUACCCUUUCCGCUGUUUAGUCACGCGAGGUUUUGUGGCCUCAAAAGCGAAAAGGGUAGUUCCUGGCCAGACUGCGCGGAUGAGAAGGCUGGGCUGAAGCUACGCUUUCCGCAUAUGGCAUUUGACCAAUUUUCGCAUGACGCGUGCCUCGUGUUUGUAAUAAGUGUGAAUAAAACAGGUAUAGACGAUGCAGUAAAAAGGCAUUCAUACCAAUGUUCGAGUUACUAUUCACCAUGUAUGUGCCAUAAGCAAUGAAACUGCAAUUCUGUGUUGGAUGUGACUUUAUUGACAUGUGUGAUUUAUUGGUAGACUUUAACUGCACUGGAUGGAAUUGUAAUUUUUUACACGCAUCAAAUUAUUGCGUUUGAUUUUGAGAACACCAUUUUUUAUUUUGUUUACUUGAAUUAUUAUCUUUCUAUAUGUAGAUUUAUUAUUUUGGUCUCAUUUUUUAUUCAUCCACAUCAAGGUUGUAUAUCGUUAUGUCACACGUGACACGUUAAAUGUCGUAUUCAUGUUUACAAGAUUUGUUAUGCAAAUAAUCAAAUUGCGUUUUUCAAUUGAGCCGCGUCAUGCCAAAAUGGGUAUGACAUUUGCGGUCUGGUCCGAAGCUGUCAUAUCCGCUAUAAAGUCACGCUCAGUGUCAGGUCUCAUUAGCGGAUACAAGGACAAUAGGCAUACCAAGAGCUACACUGCUUGCCUAUGUCAUAUGGCCUAUUUUCGCAAGACGCGGGGUCAAUAAACAGCGAGAUUGGACAAUGUCACUCAUGGAUCAAAACAUGAUUACCGAAAAGUUUACCAAAGUAAAAUUUUCGAAUGUGCAUUUAAAGGAGCUAUCCCACCAACUUAUCAAAUUAAAUUUUUUGCAACCAACCGGAUGUGCAAAAAAUUAUUUUAAUGGCAGACAUAUGAUCUGUAUAGAAUAUGAUUGAUAUGUCUGAACUAAUCUAUGAAGACUAAUGUUUUCUUAUUGCAUUUACUGGUCAUCCAUUAUCCCGACAAAUUAACCCAUUCAUGCCUAGCGUCCUGAAAAAAGGACAUUGCAAACAGCAUAGACCCAGAUGAGACGCCGCAUAAUGCGGCGUCUUAUCUGGGUCUGCGCUGUUUGCUUCAAUGAAUUUCUUUAUGAAAUAUUCUAAAUAUAGAAAUAAAUACACAUGACACCCCUAAUUUUGGAAAUAAAUUGAUCCAAUUUAGAAGGAUGGGAGAGUCCACUGGGCAUAUAUGGGUUAAAUUAUUGUCUAAGAUUGCCGAAUGCAACCUUCAUCCUACAAGCGUAAGAGCAAAUACCAUCUAAAACUUUACUUACACAAGUAUAAAACGAUUUGAUUUCUUGGCAAAAUAUUUCUGUUUUGAAACACGUUAAUCAGGCGUCUGGUAUACUUUUUGUAUCUCAUACGAGUGUAUGUAAGACAGCCGUUGGCAUGAAAAACUCAAUUUGAGUCGUGUUAUGAAAAAAAUGGGCAUAAUGCAUGUGCGUAAAGUGUCGUCCCAGAUUCGCCUGUGCAGUCCGCAUUACUCCCAGAUUGCACAGGGUAAUCUGGGACGACACUUUACGCACAUGCAUUAUGCCCAGUUUCUCAGAACACGACUCAUUUGUUCGGCAUUCGUGUUGCUGUAAUA